AUGGCCACUUCAGCAGCCCGGCCCAAACGCGCAGGCGAGGACUUUGCAAAACAAUACGAGAACACGUCGAAGAAGCCGAAGUUCGACGCUCGAAACCCGAGUACACUUGCUCCCGAUGCGCCGGAAGAAGACGUCAUCCUUAAUGCCGAUGUGAUAGGGAAGUCGGGGCCUCAAACCAAGCGAAAUGCUGUGAACAUUGACGGCUACGAAUCCGAUUCGGACAAUGAUAACUUUGAUGAGAGGGCGGCGGAGAGGGAGAGGGUGAACAAAGGUGCCGAUGCGGCAAAUGGAAAGAGUAAAGAUGAGGAGCAGGACGACAUGUUUGCUGAUCUGGAGCAGGAUGUUCAAGGAACAGCGGAUGGAGAUGACGACGAGGACUUGGCGCGGGAGGGCAGGAAGAGGAAGAAGGACGUCAGGUUCCUUGAUCAGACGGAGAUAGAAGGACAGGUGAUGAACAGCACAAGUGGCGGGCAUGUCUCCUCUGAUCUCCUUCUCAAUCCGAAAGACAAGCGAAGAACGAAGGACGUCGAGUCAUCCUCUGAAUCAGGCUCAGAUGAAGAACGAGAUAUGCUCCCGGAAGAAAUGGAAGAUGAUCUCGCCGCUGAAAUCGGCGCGGGAGGGAAGAAGAGACAUGCGCCUAAACUCGAUGCUUUCAACCUCAAAGCUGAGGAGGAGGAAGGGAGGUAUGAUGAGAGUGGGAAUUAUGUCCGGAAGGCAGCGGAUCCAGACGCUGUGAACGAUAGUUGGUUGGAGGGGCUGAAUAAGAAGGAUAUGAAGAAGGCCAAGGAUGCGCAGGAGAAGCGGGAUGCGGAGAGGAGGCGGAAGGAUGCGGAGGACGAUGCGACGUUGACUUCUGAUUUACUUGGGAGGUUAAUUGGGGGGUUAGAGGUCGGUGAGACGCCAUUGGAGGCGCUGCAGAGGUUGCAGAAGGGGCAGAAGGGUAAGGGGAAGGAUGUGAAGACGCCGAAGUGGAAGUUGAAGAAGAUGCGGGAUAGGAUGGAUGUUGAUGAGGCUGAGAGCAAUGGCAAUGGUGCCGCUGCAGAAGAUCCGGCUGAAGCUGCGAGGAAGCGCGCGGUAGAUGCCAUUACCGGCGCGGCAGACGCCUUGUACUCCCGCGAACAACACGAUAUCUACGACACGGAGCGCGAAUCUCUCAUGCGGCUUUACAAGCGCGAGACGGGCGAGGAGUGGACGGCUAACGCGAGUGCUGCGGUCGAGCCGGUAAGUGGAGGGGAUGAGCAGUGGGAGUACAGAUGGAUUGACGCGAGGGAUGGCGGGAACGCGAAUGGGCCUUAUGAUGGCAAGACCAUGAAGGCGUGGGUCGAGGCAGGAUAUUUCGGGGAGGGGGUGGAGUUCCGACGGGUUGGGGCCAGUGGGUGGGAUAGGGGGCUUGAUGCGCGAUGA